AUGGCUCAACCACAACAGCAAAACUCGUCGCAGAACAAGGAUGCCUCAGCUGCCCGUAAGAGACGGAGGCGCGCACCGGCCGGUGGUGCCGCGGACGACUGCUUCUCGUGUGCUAAGAAGAAUCUCAAGUGUGACCGGAGCCGGCCCUACUGUUCUCAAUGCCUUGAGACUGGCCAAGAGUGCUCCGGAUACAAGACCCAGCUCACAUGGGGCGUGGGCGUCGCCAGCCGUGGAAAGCUACGCGGGCUAUCACUCCCCGUUGCCAAAUCCGCGCCAGUCACCGGCGGAACCCAGAAGAAGUCGCCCCCAGCCAGCGCUCUCUACCACUGCGACUACUUGACGGUUUCCUCUCCCGACAACCUCAGCUCAUCGCCAGCAAUCCAGGGCCACUGGGAUCAGAUGCAGUUCCCUGGGACUCUAUCUAUCCCGGAAGACCACGACUACCAGAAAAUGAACGCCCACCUCGGCUCCCUUGCCAUGACUCCGGACCAGCGCCUUUCGCCCUCCCUUGACUCCACCAGCGACGGCUACCUUUCGCCCAUGGCCCACUCCUUCUCGCGAGUGGACGAAGUCCCCUAUGUUCAUAGCCCCAACGUAAUGUACGAUGGCUGCACCAACCAGAGCUCGCCGGUGGCCCGCAGCCCGCUCCCGAUUGUCAUGAUGGAUCAGUCUCUGCCCACGUCCUGCCCCAGCCUGGUGUACGAUACCUCGGAUCAUUCCUCGAGCUUCCCACCGCACACGGACUCGUUCGAGGCUCAGCUGAGCCGAAGACUGAUGCGGGAGUGUGACAAUCUGAGUAAGGCGAAUAUGAUCUCCGAUCUGGGGCCCUGCCACUUCCAAAGUCUGAGCAGCAACGACCCUAACACGAUGGCGUUUCAGGCGUACCAGAACUCGACGCACUCAGUUCAAGCUGCGGCUCGACAACAGGCCCAGUUUGGUCAUCACGCGCACCACGGCCACAGCCGCCACGUCCUCCACCCGCAACAGCACUCCCAGAUCGGCCGGACGGUGCCGCGCCACGAGCCGCUGGUGGUUGGGCAUCAUCCGUACACGAACCAUGCAAUGUACAUGUAA